AUCUGGCGCUUUAUCACCGUCUUAAAAGAGCUAAAACGAACGCAUCGAUUACCGAUUUCAUUGUAUUCAAUUGUUUCUAAAUAUUCAGUUUAUAUUUAUCGUGGCUAUUAACUACAUUUGAUAGUAGUGUUCUUUGUUUGUAAAAGGUCAUCAUGUAUGACCUUACUCUUAUCUUAGCUCUGAAUAUUGAAUUAAUUAUCCAAGAGUAGAAUUUCUGUUCUUUAUUCGAAGUUGCAUCAAUACAUUCAGUAUUUAUGAUAAGAUAUUUAAGAAAAAUAAUGAAGUUUUUCAGUCUACUAUUACUUUUGCUUUGUUUCUGUAGUAGUCUAUGUAGUACAAGAGAAAUCACACAUGAGGAUAUAAAAGAUGCUAUGUUAAGUUUGGUACAUAUGAUGCGAGAAAACACAGAAAAAUUGGAAAGACAUGAAGUGCGUGAGCGACAGUUAGGAGAGCAAUUAAAAAAAGCUAUAUCUGUAUUAACAAAGCGAGUAUCUGCCAUAGAUGGAUUAAAACAGCAAUUUACAAAAUUAGAUGAACGAUUUUCAGGAAUUGAACAAUUAAUUGCACAGAGGGAUGAGCGAGAGCGUAUACAAAUGCAGAAAACGACAGAUGCUUUGGAAGAUAUGGAAGUUAAAUUAGAAGGAUGGUUAACAGAUAUAGAAACUAAAAUAACCAAAGUUCAUGAUAUAUCAUUAAAUCAUAGAGAAAUAAAUCCUGAUAUUUUAUCCAAGUUAAAUAAUACAGAAUUAUUGCUUAUAGGACACAUUACAGAUCUUGAAUUUACUUUAAAAUCAACAUCAAUGGAAUUAAAAGAAACUGUAACAAAUCAGUUAAACAAAGCACAAUCAAUGGAUAUGAAGUUGCAAGAUAUUAAUGAUAAUUUAAAAAAUGUUAAAAAUUCAAUGGAAAUUAUUAAAGAAUCAUCUAAAUCUCCAAAGAAAUAUUUAGACGAACAAUUAAAUAUCUUUUUACUAGUGAAAGAACAAAGUAAAGCAUUAAAAGAUAUUGAAGAGUUGGUAAGGAAUUCUAUAGGAGAUAUUCAUGAAUUACCACAAGUUAAUGAAGCUCGGACAUUGCACAAUGAAACAGAAUUACUUUUACAAGAAACUAAACACACAAUUAAAGAUAUCAUUAUUAAAGAAAGUACUGAUAUACAAAAUAAAAUAAUGAAAAGUCAAGAAGAGUCAAAAGAUACGGUUGAAGCAUUAAGGAUGGCUAUGGCAGAUAAUUCUAAUCAUGUAAGCAAGGAAUUACAUGAUCUUAGCAAAGGUCAAUUAUUAAUGGUUUCAAUGGCUGAUCAUGUAUUAGAUACGAAAAAAAGAGUAGAAUAUGGCGUACAUCAAAUUCUUUUGGAAGUAGGAGACUUAGUGAAGGCACAGAGUAAAAAUAUUAACAAUACAAUCAAUACAAGAUUCGAUGGAAUCUCUAAUGAUAUAAUGGACAAUCAGAAUGGUGCUUUAGCAAAUUUAACUACUAAAAUGGAACAAGAAAUGAAUCAGGUUUGGAGACAAAUAAAUGUAAUGUAUCAGCAAAUGACAGAGAGUGCGAAAGCUUUAGACAAAUUACAUAAGCAAAAUGAAGUUUAUAUUAAUGGUACAACUUCUACUAUGGAUGGAAUGGAAAAUAAAGUAAGCGAAAUAACAAAGCGUAUGACAGAAGUAGAUAAAAACUUAAAUUAUCUAUUGGGUCGUCUUUUAUUGGUAACACAAGAAUUUAACCAAAUUAAGAGUGGAUUAGGUACAGCAUUAGACAACAUUAAAGCCUCUUUUAAAGAAGUGCAAGAAAAAGCCAGUGAUUUAAGUAAUCCAGGACCAUAUCCAGUGCCUGAAAAUUAUAGUGAACUAAAUGAACCAAGAACUAACUAAUUAUAUACACAUGCAAAAUAUGGCAUUGCAAGAAAGGUAGGAACCAAAGGAGUUAUACAUUUGAAUAUUUUAUAUACUUAUAUUAAAUAUUUGACGAUUUACAUACAAUGAAAGAUACUUUGUAUGAAAUUUUUUACAACUUUUUUUUAAGUAUAUAAUUUUUUACUGUGUAGUAAAGAUAUAAAAUAUUAUCAAUAUAUAUAGAAUAUAACACAUGCAGCUCAUUUUUUAUACAAUGUUUUAAAUAAAUAAUAUAUGUACAUAUAAAUUUAUAUUAAAUAAAAACUGAUAUAUAUAUAUUUUAUUAAUAGAAAAUAAGGCUAUAAAACUGUGAAAAAGUGUAAGCUAUACAUGUGUGUAAAGCUAGGUAGUAUCUAGACAAACACAUACUAAGUAGUAUAAUUUAGAUACUUACUAAUUCAUGCAUUGUAUUAUUUCAAUUAAUGUUAGACUAAUUGAUUGCGUUUCAUUUUGAUCACAUUUUUCUAAUAACAUGAAAUUAAUUUUACUGA